AUGCAUGAACAACUUGAUCAACUCGAAAAAGGAGCAAAAAAAUGGUCAAUUCUGAAGACAAACGGGGAUGUUUAUAAAGUAUUGAAAUAUAGUUUUGAUCGGCUGAAUAGGAAUCAUCAAAGUCAGAGUAAUGAGUUCAAUACGUUACAACAUUGUUUCCUGCAUUGCGCGUUGUAUCCUGAAGAUGAAGAAAUAACGAGAGACCGUUUGGUUAUAGAGUUCAUUUCAGGAGGGUUGUUGGAUGAAAGAAAGACAAGAAGAGCACAAGUUCAGCAAGGACAUUCCAUAUUGGAUAAAUUAGUGAAUGUGUGCUUAUUGAAAAGGUGUGUUGUUCAAGGUGUGUUUGGUCCUAUAGAAGGCGUGAAGAUGCAUGAUCUUGUAAGAGUUAUGACAUUAAAGAUAUGUGAGGGGAAAUAUAUGGUAAGAGCAGGUGAUUGGUCUUUGAAGGAAAUUCCCAAAGAAGCAGAAUGGGCAAAGGAUCUGGAGAAGGUGUCCUUUAUGAAAAGUGGCAUAACGAGAAUUGAAGAUGGAAUGUCUCCCGAUUGUCCUAAGCUCUCAACAUUGCUUUUACGGGAUAAUGUUUAUUUGGUGUUUAUUCCAGAUUCGUUCUUUUCUAAAAUGCAAGGACUAUGCACUCUUGAUUUGUGCUGCACUGACAUAACAAUGCUGCCAAACCCAAUCUGUUCCGUGAAGAGCCUCAAGGCAUUGCUCCUUGAGUGGUGUGAAUAUCUAGAAAAUGUGCCAUACUUGGGAGAGAUAAAAGAACUCAGGGAGUUAAACCUCUCGAAUACAACCAUCAAGGAAGUCCCUCAAGGAGUUGGGGAAUUAUUCAAUCUCAAAUUCCUCGCAAUGAAUGCGCGUAAGUUGAAGAUGCUUCCAAGAAGAUUGUUUCAUAAACUUGGGAAUCUUCAGCACUUGGAAUUACCAUUGCAUAUAGAAGUAGAAGUUGAAGAAAUUAAGAGUCUGAAACUGCUAGAGGAGUUUAUUGAAAGAGUGGAAAAUAUGAAAGAUUUGAAGUCUUUGAUUACAAGUUGGGGAAGUCGGGUGCGUGACACUUGCUACACAAUAAGAGUGGGAUCAUAUGGCGGCUAUAUAUUCAAUAAAAGAGAAGGAAUAUGUCAUAAUAAAGAGUUGUUCUUGUUGGAAUACAACCUUAAAGAUGAGAGAGUAUUAGCAGAGGGAAUUGUGCAGCAAUGUGAGGGUCUUGGCAUAUGCUUUGUGGAUGGAUUGAAGAGAUUGAGAAUUGAAAGAUGUGAAGGAAUAGAGUACAUUUUGAGGAGUGAGGCAGGAUUAUCAUCUCAAAUCUCUGCUCUUGAAGAAAUUAAACUGUAUGAGUUGGAUGAUAUGAAGGGGUUGAUCGAAAAGGAGGAAAUAGGAGCAUCAGCUGUACUUCCACAACCUGUGUUUUCCUCUCUGACACAGCUAGUAAUUAAUAAAUGUAACAGGAUAAAGAUACCACUAUCAGGAGUUCCCAACCUCAAAGCUAUUCUUAUCAGCCACUGUUGGAAUAUAGAAGAGAUAUUCGAAACAAGUUCCCUCACCCUCCCUAAAUUAAAAUAUCUAAUGUUACAUGAGCUGCCAAGUCUGAGGAAGGUGGGGAUACUACUAUAUGGAGUUCCCAACCUUGAACUUAUUAAUAUAAGAGAGUGUAAAGAAGUAGAAGAGAUAUUCGAAGAUGAAGGAACAAGUUCCCUCACCCUCCCUAAAUUGAAAAGGUUGAAGUUGAAAGAUCUUCCAAAACUGAAGAGCCUAUGCAAGGGAACAACCAUCAUUUGCAACUCCAUUGAAGCUAUCUUCAUAAAAGAGUGCCCAAGAUUGAUGAAUAAACCUCCUGUGGUUGUGGAUUUCGGCUGUGCCUCGACGAUGUCAGAUAAGGGUGAACCCAGAAUUGUGGAAAUCAUUGAAGUCGGAUGA